AUGGCAAGGUUGGCUAGCUGAAUUAACCACGCCCCAUGGUCCUCUGAACCCUCUCACCUCAGGCCUGACAGGCUAUCAAUUCCAGGCUGGUGAAAAAAGCUACAGUGUAAUUCUUGAGUGAGGCCCUUGGAUGGCCGAGUGCUGAAGUCAUCCCCACAGCUCUGUGUGUGGUUUUCAACCACUCACAGUAACAUCCUCACAACGCAUCUGUAACAUUAGAGCAAUGUCUCGGCACAUCUGGGAGUCUCAUUCUCUGUGAUUGCCAUUUUUACAAUCACAAUCAUCUCUUUAAUUUGUCAACCAUUUUUGUGUAACUGGAGAGUGAGAGAUGGGGAAUAGGGUAUUGUGUUAGUUAAGGUGAAAUGGAUUACAGCCGCAUGCUUUUGUAACAUUUUUACAACAUGCCUGUAACCUUCGCAGCGUUAUCUCAUCCCCUCCAGCGUUCUAGUGGUGUUGAGAGGAUGUUGAGUGUUAGAGGGGUAUGUGUGCUAUGUGCUGAUUGGUGACCUGGGGGAGGAAACCCACUGCUGUUAGGCUCUCUGGGCAUUUAUACUGACCCUGACACAAAAUAUGUGGAUACAUAGUAUGGAGUCUAGGCCUUUACUGUAUGGAUUCCAUUGGUUCGAAAAAAGGCCUUUACUGUACGGAAUGCUUCUGAUCUACUGGUGUGUGCUCCUGCUUUCAUUUAGCUGACAAACUUUAGAAAACUCUGUCCAGUUUUUUUCUGCAACAGUGUUUUUUGACUGUUUGGCAUGAUCAUUCAAUGUGACCCCACUGUCCAGUAGUCAUGUUACUGAUGAUGCCUAUGUAUCCCCUUUCCUUUUAGGAACGCAGAACAGUUGAAGCAGCUGCAGGAUCAGAUUAUAUUGGAACAGCAAGAAGCAGCCAAUUGGAUCCAGCAGCAGGAGCAAGAGCAGGAAGUCCCACUUCCGCUGCAGCAGCCCCAGGAAGUGUCCUCUCCGCCCUCUCCUCCUCUUCCCCCUCCUCCCUCCUUCCAGGAGCUGGAGAGCAGCGCCAUGCAGACCAGCACCUUCAACUAUGCCCGGCCCAAGCAGUUCAUCGCUGCCCAGAGCCCCGGGGGGACAGGCCCUAUGGGGGGCUAUGUCACCCAGUCCUCUGGCUCCUCUGGAUCGAGCCUGCCCUCACCCCUCUCCCCACCCCCCUCACACAAACCCUUCACCAGGGUCACCCUGCCUCCCUUCACUAAGGGCAGCAGCAUCGGGUCUCAGUCCCCGUCCUCUCCUUCCUUCCCUCCUCCACCCCCUCCCUUCCUCAGCAGCAGCAUGUCCUCUCCAUCAGGCCCCGGCCAAGACUUCCCCCCACCCCCUCCUCCACUCAUCUCCUCGACUCCCCCCUUCUCCCCCAGCCACUCCAACAGCUCUUCCCCCUUCACCUCCAUGCCCCAAUCACCUGCUGGCUUCCUGGCCUCCGUCCUGCCAGCCACGCCCACUAGCCCGUCCGUCAACGCCCUGGGCCUGCCUAAAGGGAACGGGACUAUGUGAGUAUCCUAUCCUCAAUGUUACUCAGCUACACUGGCUCUAGACACAGCUACACUGGCUCUCCAUGGGGCAGUACCCUAUACUUUCAGACCAUUUAAUUCCCCAGUCAAAUGGUAGUGUAGCAUAUCAGUCAGUGAGUGACAGCCUGCGGCAGGUCUGUCUCUGUGGAGCCAGGCUGGCUCUCCCUCUCCCUCCAUCCUCAUCAGGACAGCCUGCCGCUUGGCAGCAGCUGGAGGCUGGAGGUCUGCUGCUAGAUGGAAGAUGACCUGUUUAAAUUCUUAUACAGCAUGUUUACAGCCAGGGGCUCUUACAGACACUUAGCCUCAGCUCAAAGAGCACCGUCUCUCUCAGUGUCCUGAGGUGUGUAAAUGUGUGUGUGUGUGUGUGUGUUCACAUGUGUGAUUUAGAUAAGAAUGUUUUGCCCUAUCAUCUGGAAAAUAUACACAAUGACUUUAGAAUGAAGGGUGUGUCAAAGUCAAAUAAACAUAUAUUUGCACCUAGAGUGAGCUUGGUCAUGUUUAUGAAUAUUUAACCGAUAGAGAUCUGGUUCGUUUGAUGAUGCCUGGCCUCCUGGAGAAAACAUCCACUCUGCUCUACUGUCAAACAUGCUCUCCCCCUUCCCCUUUAAGGCCAUUGCACAUCUCCCUCUUUUUCAUCAAGCCCUCUCCUCUGUCUGUUUUUCCCUCACCCUGGCAUUCCUGUAGCAGGGGAGAGAGAUAAGAGGACUCUGUGUAGAAGGCUGCAGUUGGACAUGUUCAGAUAAGGGAAUGAGAAACAGAAAGAAGUGGCUUAUUCUGUCUCAAUCACAGGUUCAAAUAAAUCCCAGUCAGUCUAACACACACACCAACAACAUAUUGAAUAUCGUGUCUAUGUGAUCUACUGUAGAAAGAAACAGCAGCCACUAUUGAGUAAAGGUCUGGGAUCCCAUGUUCUAACCCUUUCGUCUGUUUUUGUGUUCUGUCAGCAGUGCUUUUCCCCGGAAGCAGUCUAGAGGAACCCCACGCCUGGCCUCAGACUCUGACAUCCAGGGAACCAAGGAUGCUGUCAUUCAGGACCUGGAGAGGAAGCUACGAUUUAAGGAGGAGCGCAUGAGCAAUGGACAACAGGUGUGUGUGUGUGUGUGUGUGUGUGUGUGUGUGUGUGUGUGUGUGUUUCAGAGUGCCUUCAUAACGCUGUAGAUGACUGAGUAUUUGUAGGUAACUUGGGAAUUAAGGUGUUUUGUAACAUUCAUUAAUACAUAUUAUUAACAAGCGGUCCAUCAUGUCAAAUAUCAAUCAUUUUUCAUUUCCAACCAUUAAUACAUAGCAUAGCUAUGCCACAGAUAUGUUCACAGACAAGCUUUUAUGUAAAUGUUAGAACAGGCCCAGUACUAUAGUGAGUCCCAAAGAGCCUUUUGACUUUGAGAGGACAAAAAUUAUCCAUCCAUUUCACAAGCAUUUAUCUCAGGAAGACUGUAUCUUAUUAAUAUUUGUAACGCGUGUGUGUUGCUCUUGCGACUGACACACUAACUCCAGCUGACCCAUUAAUCGGUGCUUUCAGAGGUUAACCUAUGAGGAGAAGAUGGCUCGCAGGCUGCUGGGGGCAGACAACGCUGCCACAGUGCUAAACACACAGCAGCAGGACGAGGAGCCAGUCACACAGGUACGCUGCUGCUGCAACUAUACCAGGAACACACACACACCUGGACAGGUAUACACACACACACUUGGCCUGGACCGGACAGGUACACACUCACACACUACUCACAGAGUCACAAAAUACUUGUCUAGGAUCACCACCUCUGUCACCACCUCUGUGUUCCUCUGUAUUAUUGCAUGUGUGUGGCAUACUCACCUACAUUAGACAUAUUUGGCAGUCACACCUCUUUACUCAGAGUUGUGCCAGUGUGCAGGGUUACUGUAUUUCUGAGCUAUGCCUAUUUUUCAUCUGAAUGCUGGCCUGUGAUGUUUAUUAUUGAAAAAGGCUAUAUUAUUUUGCGGCUACACUGGAAACACUUUAAUUUAAGGCAUGCAAUGAAGCUUUGAUAUAAACAGAGUACUACCUCCAGAACCCUCUAUAAAACACUCUGUUUAUUAAAACUUGCAGACUCUACAGUGUUGAUACAAACGCAGUAGGAAAUAACACUGUUUGAAGUUUUAUGUAGCUAUUUGUUCCCCUCAGAAACAUUAAAAAGCUCUAUUGAACUGUGAUGAUAUAUAGGCUAUAGAUACACAGAUUAAUACAAAAUGUAGUAUUAAAGAUGUCCAAAACACAAAACCUCAGUGCAGAACACACACAUAGUUGUUGUAUUGACUAAAGUCAAGCCUCACUGCCAAAUUUGUCCUCUCAUAGCUGCAGACAGUGGCGGUGGUCUUUAGUGGAAGUCAGGGCUGUUCUGUGCUACUGUGCUGUAGUGAUGUUGGGCUCUGGCUGCCUGGAGGCCCAUGGGACUGAGCCUGGUUCCCUGUCUGAUAGAGAUUGGCUCUGCAUGGCUCUGGGCGCUACUCUGCCUGAGAGGCUAUGAGUUUGCCUGUCCCAAUUCAGAGGAUAUGUGAUGAAAAUAUGUGUUUUGUGGAAAUGUGAAAAUUGUAUAAGACUUACAAUGUUACACACUCUUUGUCAUGAAUGCUGGUAAGUACAUACACACCCACACACUCUUGGUGUGUGGUUGGAUCUCAGGACGUGACGUCAUACAGUAACACAGAGACAACACCUCACUGUUAUUUUAUCUCUUCGCAGGACUCCAGUUCAUCUGAUAUAGAAUCAGUCCCUCAAAAGGUUAUUCAAGCCUCUUCCUCUCUCUCUCCUUCUCCUCCCCCGUCUUUAUCUCUUUCCUUCUCUCCCUCUCUCUUUCUCACUCACUGUGUGUGGUCACUCCUCAUGCUUAAGGCAUUCAACAAAGCCACACUGAUAAUAAUUAUAUUAGAUGUGCUCACACACACUUUGACCGUAACAGGAUCAGGAUUGGGAACCUGGAAACUGAUUAGGAUAAAGACAUACAUUUGACAAAAAGCUCAUGAAAAAAGUUCAUUCAUGAUUCUGUUAAGGUCAUUGUGGUGGUUACAUAUCUUUUGACCACCUGUAGUCUUCUGUGUCAGACAAUCACAGUUGCCCUCAGUUAGAGCUGACCCAAUUACUGACAUUUUAUGAGAAGCAUGGCCAAGGCUUUGUCCCUGUACAUGUCCGUUACUUUUAAUGUAUAUGUUAAUUAAUUGAUUGUGUGUUGAUUGGUCACUUUUGAUGUGUUAAUCAGAUAUCGGCGCCUGCAUGAGCUUGUUUCCAACACCUCCCUGAUAUGAGAUGCUAAAAUGAACAUGGUCCACUGUCACCCAUAGCUGUGUUUGUGUUACGUGUCACAUGACCUAUAUACUUGUCUCUUGUUUGUGUACGUGCGUUAGCGAGAGAACGAGAAACAGAGAGAAACAUAGAGAACAAGAAUUCAAGGGAGGGAGAGAGAGAGAGGAAGAGAGAGAGAAACGUUUGAGAGAAGGAGGGGAGACAGGGAUUGAGGGAGAGGCAGAGAAAGAGAUUUACACUUUGGUGAGCGUUGGCAACAGACCCCAGUCCUCCCACUACCAAAGCUUUGCCUCCCCUUGAGAUGUCAUACUCCUUCAGCUGUGUCUUAGGCCUGUAAUUAUCAGUCAGUCAGUCAGUCAGUCAGUCAGUACACACUACUCUGCAGAUGUUGCUUCUGCCUCAACAGGCUGGGCCAGGAUGGUGAGAGAUUGAGAUUGAAGGAGACAGAAGGAGGAAUUAAGAGAGAGAGAGAGGAAGACAGAAAACGGGGGAGGAAUAGAGAGUUGAUAGGGAAUAGGAAGAAACUGGGUAAAGGCGAGCUGACGGGAAAAGGAUCAUCUUGGUUUUCUGUAACACAUUGUGCUUGAAUGAAUGAAAAAAUCAAUGAAUGCAUGCAUGAGUGACACAGAAUGUUCUUGAUGGAGUGUGCUUCUUGUUCAUCAGAUUUUUCUGUGACCCCGUUCCUCUGUGAUUUCAGGCUCUUCCUGUAAUAGUGAUGCUCCUUGAACUCCAUCUCGCAGCGUUAACCCUGCUCCCUCUCUGUGUGCUCUGCAGGAGUACAAGGUGUCCAGCUUCGAGCAGCGCCUGAUCAGUGAGAUCGAGUUCCGUCUGGAGCGCUCUCCAGUGGAGGAGUCUGAUGAUGAUGUGCAGCAUGGUGAAGAUACUACAGGCCAGGGGGUGGUGCCAUUCUUCCACAGCAAGCUCAAACACUACAAGGUGUUUGAGGGCAUGCCCGUCACUUUCUCCUGCAAGGUCAUCGGAGACCCCAAGCCAAAGGUCAGAGGUCACACAGAUCAGAGUGAUCAUGUGGAAAUAUAGCGGAAUCAUUCAUCGUUAGACUCGCAUACCAGGACACCGUAUUCUAACAUUUUUUCUUGUAUUUAAUGUCAAUAUUAUCACUGCUACGCUAGUUAGUUCUAGUGUAUUGUUGUAUGCUGAACCUAUUUAAUGUACUGCCAUAUUGUUGUGAUAAUUGGGAGUUGAUGAUGUGUGGUGUUGUUAGUAGGAGUUUGAGGUACAUGUACAGUAUGUUAUAAGGGCGAGGCCUGCCGUGCUAACAUCUGUGAGUCCACCACUGCUGGUAGCAUCAGAGGGCCUCUGUAAUGACUGGUUGAUGACAGGCAUCAGAUGAAUGGAAAAGAUAAAGGAGGGAGGGAGGGAGGGAUGGAGGGAGGGAGGGGGAGUACAGUAUAAUAUGAUAUAAUUAAGCAAUAAUGGAUGUGGUAUAUGGCCAAUAUACCACGGCUAAGGGCUGUUCUUAUGUACGACGCAACGCAGAGUGCCUAGAUACAGCCCUUAGCUGUGGUAUAUUGGCAAUAUAUCACACACCCCUGAGGUGCCUUAUUGAUAUUACUAUAUAAACUGGUUACCAACGUAAUAAGAGCAGUCAAAAUAAAUGUUUUGUCAUACCUGUGGUAUACGGUCUGAUAUACCACAGCUUUCAGCCAAUCAGCAUUCAGGGCUUGAACCACCCAGUUUAUAAUAUAAUAAUAUACCCCCCUUCCCUCCCUACUCCUAUCCACUUCUAUAGGUAAUUGUGUCUAUCCUUUCCCCUAUAGAUCUACUGGUUUAAGGAUGGGAAGCAGAUCAUUGUGUAACUCUGUGUUGUGUAUAUCCUGUCCCCUAUAGAUCUACUGGUUUAAGGAUGGGAAGCAGAUCAUUGUGUAACUCUGUGUUGUGUAUAUCCUGUCCCCUAUAGAUCUACUGGUUUAAGGAUGGGAAGCAGAUCUCUAAGAGGAGUGAACACUACAGGAUCAGCCGCGACGCUGACGGAACCUGCAACCUGCACACUGCCGCCACCUCAUUGGACGAUGACGGAAACUACACCAUCAUGGCUGGUAACCCUGAGGUGAGAACACCUGACCCACCCAACACACACACACAGGACCUAACUGAUUCACACCCAAUAUAGAAAACUCUGCACAGACUUCCACACCAAGUCGUUUCACACCAAACUACUGUACACAAGGGACAUACACAUACUGUAUCUAUGGACACGCAUACACACACAUUAUCAGGACCAAGCCGUUUGGCAGCCAGUGGUGCUGGGGCUGUUAGCGGUCAUUAGUUCUAGAGAAUAAUAGCCAUGGAGAAGAUAAGGGUCUCCAGCCAGCAAGGGGAAGCAGGCGUUGAGUGAGACAGGAAAUCACUAAAGCCUUCAUGAGGGUCGAGAGUUCAUGUACUGUUGCCUUUCUAACAGCCUGGCCAACUUUAACACAUUGUACUUCCUCCCUGACGUGGGUUUUAGUUGAGUUUGAGUAUGAACAGUCAUAAACGUCGAACAAACAUCUCUCUCUCUCUCUCCCUCAGGGGAGGGUGAGCUGUACUGGCAGGAUGAUGGUCCAGGCAGUGAACCAGAGAGGGAGGAGCCAGCGCUCUACACCUGGACAUAUUCGCAGGUACAGGAAGAACACAAUACCUGACACAGAAGGAGAGGACAGACAAACGCUGUUGGCAAUUAUUCAUAUGCUUUGCUUACAGGUGUAGCAUCUUAAUUUGAUCACUCUUUUGUUUAUGAGAAUUGCAGAUGAGCGUUGUGAUUUACAUAAAUUCACAGAAAACUCACAUUAACACACAUUAUAUUACCAGUAUUGCACUUUUCAUGUAGCCUACUUUUGGCCAACCUACCCAGCUAACAAAAUUACGUUCCAGGACGUGACCACAAAGUUAUUUUAGUCCCCACAUAAGUCAUGAUAACGUUAUUGUGAAACUUACAGACGAUGUUCCAAAAUGUAUUUCUAUCAUUCAGAUUGUAACGUUAUAUGAAGACAAACCAUAGCUCUAAAUGUAACAUUAUGAAAUGUUCCUAGGAUAUCUCAAAAGUAACAUAAUAUUCAGAACCUUUCAUGGACUACCAAGGAACAUUUUUAAUGUUCCCAUGAUGUCUGUAUAGCGACCUGAUAUUUAUAACCUCUAUAAUACUUAUUAGAAAUGUUAUGAAUGUGCCUAUAAUGUCCCAAACGGGCUAUGACAUUCAGUACCUCUGGAAGAAUUAAGGGGAAUGUUACAAAUGUCUCAGUUAUGUUCCUUGUUAGCUGGGUAACCACCGGUCAAGCAACAUUAUUGACUAAACGUUCAUAUUCACAAUGAUAUUUACAAUGAUACCAGGUGUACGAAUAUCAAUUCCAAGCUACCAUGAUUUACCUUUUAAAAUAGUUAUGUACAUUAUUGUUGAUAUUAGUGUGUGUUAAAUAAAAAAAAAAUGUUGCUGACAUUUUUAUAUGAGUUGAAUAGUGUAGUGUGAGAGGGCGGAAACACUUGUUGGUUCUGCUCUUAGAUUGAUAGGUGUAAUAUUUGUUCUGUAUAAUACCUGUCCCACGUAUAAUAAUACUCCCACACACAAACAAAGGAACGCACACACACACACGCAUUACAGUAACCUGAUCUGUACACUCCCAGAUAAGGCCUUCAUAUAUCUGAGUGAAGCGUUUAAAGAUAUCCAUCCGUACCUCCCUCUCUCUUUAUCUCUCUCCUUCUUACCCUCUCUCUUCCCUCGCUCCGCUCUGCACAGCUUGGGUGUAUUUACGCUGUGUGGAGGGAUGGUGAUGUCAUUGUUGUGAUAGUGCAGGAGGACAGGGAACGCCUGGGGUCAUGAUCCACCAUAGAGUGGGAGCUGGUAGUGGAAGCACUGGGUUCUGUUAGGAGUAAAUCUCUUGCUCUGCCUCCCUCUCCCCCUCCCUCCCUCUCUUAGACCUAGGUCUCGGUCCAGAGACAGUGGUGAUGAGAACGAGAACAUCCAGGAGCGUCACUUCCGCCCCCACUUCCUGCAGGCGCCCGGUGAUCUCAUCGUUCAAGAGGGCAGGCUCUGCCGGAUGGACUGCAAGGUGAGACCACGCCCCCUUAACAAUGAACCCACCCCUCCUUGACCUCUUCAACUUACAGCCACACCUUUAGGAUUCUACCAUUAUAGGUCUGUUGUUUAUGGAGGACUGUGAGGUUUUUAAUUACUGGAAGCAGUGCGGGUUCUAAGAAUUCAUAAAAGGAACAUUCCAACUUUCUAAAAUUAACCCUGGUGUUCAGCAAAUAGUAAAUCAUAGAAAAUGGAGGAAAGCAGAUCCACCCUCUAAUUCUGUGUGUGUCAGUGAUGAGGAGUGUCUGUGGGGCUGAGAAAGGUGUCCUCCCCAUUCAUUCCAUAUUCUGGGGAAGAAAUAACUGGGGGCUAUAUAUUUAAUCUCCUCUUUCAUGAUGAAUGACUCAGAGCGCGAGAGGAGGAGAAAUGCUGGUGUCAUUUUCCUAGGAUCACUCUCUCAACGAUUAUUUCUCUCUCCACACUCUCCUUCCCUUUUCUCUCUUGGUCACUAAUCCUCCCUAUGCAGCCAGCGUUUGUCAGAAACAGUUAGAAAACUAUGUUACAAAACUGUAAUAAAACCAAACAGUACCAUACACGGAUUUCACACGCUAUAACAAGACUCUCUUUUUAUACUUGUCAAAAAAUAAACAUAGUGAGUCUCCAAUGUCUUGGGGCUCUUAAUGUCAAUGAUAUUUAUAAGCAAUAUUUAUUUCCAAAUCGUUUGUGGGUUUCCAAACUUUCCAUGCCAAUAAUGUCUCAACUACAGGAAGUGUACUGCAGUCAGGCUGAACCAUGUUGUUCAACCAAAUAUUACUCAAUUCUACUUCCAGCACUCAAUACAGUCAAGGCCGGAUACACAUGCACACACGCACAGACACACACACACACACACACAAGCGUGCGUACUCAUGCACACACACAGGUGGGCUCUACCGGUCAGACCUGAGGGAGGGGCAGGUGUGGGGUUUCAUCAGGCGUGCAGCGGUGCUGAAAAGAGAGACAGGUCCUUUAACAGGCCAGGCAGUUCCCAUGAGAAAACAUGCAGGCGACUGGGAGACUCCAGACAAACAACAAUAAAACAUUGCUGCUCUCACUGCAGACAGAGUCACACCAUAAUACUGUACUCACAAUGCAAAUAUUUACCAGCACAUAUACACUGCAGAUAGAGUGAUUAAAAUCAUCACAUCACUGUAUAAAUAACACAAUGUGAUGAAUGAGUUAUUGAGUGUUUGUUGUGUUCCCCCUCUAGGUCAGUGGCUUGCCCACACCAGACCUGAUCUGGCAGUUGAAUGGUCAGACCAUCCGUCCUGACUCCGCCCACAAGAUGCUAGUGCGGGAGAAUGGCGUCCACUCAUUGGUCAUCGAGCCUGUGUCCAGCCGCGAUGCAGGCAUCUACACCUGCAUCGCUAGCAACCGCGCCGGACAGAACUCCUUCAACAUGGAACUCAUUGUCGCAGGUAGACACCCAUACAGUACAUAGAUGUAUAAGCAUAGACAGAUUAACAACAUUGUCACAGGAAAUUAACCAUAAUCAGUGCUUGACUUGGACUGAAAUAGGUUCCAGUACUCAUUUUGGGUGCCGGUACUGUUUAUAUUUAAGUACAGGAGCUCCACAAUACUUCUGAACUACUAUUCUAUAAGAGGAACAGUAGCUCAAGCAGUAGAACAUUUGAGGUGCCGGUACUCAGUUCCGGUGAGCUCCUGCCCAAGUCAAGCACUGCCCAUAAUAUUUUAAUGUAUUUUUAGAUAUAAGGGCCCUUUGUCUAUUUUUAGUUGUUGAUGCAAAUAAUGUAGUACUUAACACAAUACGCGAGUGGCACAGCGGUCUAAGGCACUGCAUCUCAGUGUUUGAGGCGUCACUACAGUCCCCCUGGUUCGAUUCCAGGCUGUAUCACAACCGGCCGUGAUUGGGAGUCCCAUAGGGCGGCGCACAAUUGGCCCAGCGUCGUCCCGGUUUGGCCGGUGUAGGCCGUCAUUGUAAAUAAGAAUUUGUUCUUAACUGACUUGCCUAGUUAAAUAAAAUAAAAAAAUACAAUAGUUUGAUAUACUAUUGCCUGACCUGUGGUCUCUCUCUUGUCUCCAGCCAAAGAGAUUCACAAGGCUCCUUCGUUCAUCGAGAAGCUACAGAACACUGCCGUUGCCGAGGGUAACCCUGUACGUCUGGAGUGCCGUGUGUCGGCUGUUCCCUACCCACAAAUCUUCUGGAAGAAAGAGAACGAGUCUUUCACUCACAACACAGACAGGAUCAGGUAAGCCAGCUCUACCAUUCACCGUCUAUGGCUUGUAUUACGUAAAUCCAAUAACAAUCAAAUUAAGUAGUGUAGCAAUAUUAUUGGUAAGCAGCCUCUUAAACUGGACCUGCAAAUGAUAAAGAUAUUGAUGAUCUGACAACAGUCAGUGAAACUUGGUCCUAAGGGAGUGUGUUGAACUCUGUUUCCCAGCAUGCACCAGGACAACUGUGGCUACCUGUGUAUGAUCAUCCAGCCGGCCAUGAAGGAGGAUGCUGGCUGGUACACCGUGUCGGCCAAAAAUGACGCUGGCAUCGUGUCCAGCACCGCACGACUCGACGUCCACAGUAAGUCCCCCAGACACAAAUGUCUUUCUCUGUGUCCACACAAACCAACUGAAUAUUAUUUACCCUCUAAACACACAGGACCAAAUGUAAAAGGCAAAAUCACUGUUAUUGUCUCUGUACUCAUCUCUUCCCCCUCUGUCCCAUCCUCAGCUCAGUGGCAGCAGCCCAACACUCCCAAGCCUAAGAAGGUGCGUCCGUCUACGAGUCGCUACGCAGCACUGACAGAGAGAGGACUGGACGUGAAGGCAGCCUUCUUCCCUGACUCCAGCCCCCUGCAGCCAGGAGGCCUGGUGGAGAGUGAUGACCUGUAGAGACCAGCGGGGUUCACACACCCCACUCAACCCCCUAAUGCCUUAAAACUGACCCCAGUGCUACAAGGCCCAGCCCCCGUUCUCCCCAGACAUAUAGGGGUAAAUGUAACCCCCUCCAUCCGAGGUGUUUUACGACAAUACCACAGAUACUAUUAUGGAAGAUGGAUGACGGACAAUGUGACACCCUAUAAUAUCUCAGUGUCAAUGAAACAUGGAUCCCAACUUAGGAUCAGAUGGUUCCAUUUUAUCAACCACAUAAGCAGAGGAAUCUACCCUGGGUGGCCAUUGAAGUUUGUUUGCAACUCUGUGGUCCAUGAAAAAAAUAUUGUUCACAAAUUUCUGAUAAUGGGUGGUGGAACUGAAGAAGUCUUGAAUGUUGGUAAAUUAGUCCUGAAAGUAACACUGCCAUAACCACACAAGGGGAUCACCUCUUAAGUGCCUAAGAUAUCUCACAUGAACUCUUUGUAAAAAUGAUAUUUGAAGGUUUAAAGUUAAAGUUGAAAGUAGCGUUAUUAUGCAUGUUACAAUGGCACCAUUUGUAAUGCUCUAUCUAAAUUGAUGCCUUACUUAUGAAAUACUCCCCCAACAAAGGCACCAAAUUGUAGGGGCAGAGAUAGGCUGAAAUGGGACAGACUUUGGACGCAAUGGAUCUGCAAUGGAAAGGUAUGGUAAGUCCAACGCAUCGGAGCAGCACGUCAUGUUUCCCUGUACUGUUGAGAGAUGAAGGAGACCGCAAAACACAAUGUUUUUCUUUUAUAUGUUAUCACAGCAUUGUCUUGGUAAUAUAGCACAACAUGGAUAUCAACAGUGUCUGGUUUUAGUUAUUAAUAGCACAAUACCAUAGAUGUCAGCAUUGUCAGGUUCAACAUAUAGCACAAUUACCAUAGAGUUCAAAUGACCUUGAAAGUUUCAAACUGUUUAGUGACUUUAGAUUAGUUGUGAAAAAGAGAAUGUUGGCUGAAUGACUCGGACACCGUUGAGAGCUCUCACUGUUACCAUGGUAACUUCAGUGAUUGAUUGAUUGAUUGAUAGAGAGGGCCAUGACUGGCUAGGAGGUACUGGUGUGUGAAGGUUGACUGUAACGGGGACAGGAUGAGGGGUUAUCCUGGGCCAGGAGGCCCAGAUUAUCUGUCUCAGCCCAGUGACAACAGUCACUUCAACGCUUGUGAACUGUGUGAUCCGUGAGUGGAAGUUGUCAAGGACAGAGAAAAGCAAGUUUUUUGGAAUAGAAUUCACUGUAGAUGACAAAGAUGUUAAAGAAGAAAUGGACUAUGUUGAUGAUGAUGAAGAUGAUGAUUAACAUUUUGUUUAUGACUGAUUCUGGAGAUCAUUUAUUUUCUUUGGUUUAUUUCUGAAGUUUAAAAUCCCCAACACAGACGCCAGGCAGUCCUAAUAAUGGCUUCAGUGGACAGAGCACACACACCACUGAUUGGCUGCUUUAUUUUUGUAUGAGAACUUUCCCAAGAAACUUGAUAUAAAUUAUAUUAGUGAUUUUGUUUCUCAAAUGUUCAAUGACAAAACAUAAUCCUGUCUGUAUUAAAAUAUCAUACUUUUUGAAACAAUAUAUAUUGCCUUAAAAGAUCACUUGGGCCUAUUUCAAUCACAAUAUCUGUCCAUGUUUUUAUGAGGCACUUAUACCAAAUGACUAUUAUUUUUGACAAUUAUAGCGAAGCUGUUAAGGGAAAAGAUAUGCACAGAAUUGUAUUGAAAUAAGUAAUUAUAUAUUUUCUCUCACUACUGCGUUACCAAAUACGCAUCUUUUGCUGUAUCUGUUCAGAGCAUGUUUCAUCCUGCGAUUACUGUGAUCACUCACACAAACCUAUAGGACACCUUUUUGAUUUCUAUGCCUGUAUAUGGAAUGUUCUCCUGAUAUUAUGUUAGUUUAUGAAAGAUAAUAAAAAAUCAAAGUCUCUAGA